AUGGCGAAUCUGAUGAACCUAAAUGAUGAUUCUAUGCGCCUUAUCUUUGAUCAGCUCGAUGUCGACUGUCCACAAUCCUUCAAGCAAUUAGCAUUGGUAUCAAAAGGAGCCAAACGCCUCGCAGAUUCCUUCAGAUGGCGCUCCAUCACACUGAGUGACGACGGACCUCUUUCAGCCACUUCAGAGCAGCUGAUAAUGCUCUUGCUCGAUACCAACCACGACCUGUCGAAGCAUGUUAGGCAGAUCACAGUAUCUGAUUUCAAAGGGGACAAAGACUGGUUCAAGCUAGAGCAGGUGCUUUGCAAUCUCAAAUACCUCCAAUCUUUUGCCUGGAACGCGAACCGACACAUCCCUGAAGAUUUUAUAUCAACUCUUGAAAACUGGUGGCCAGAUGCAAACCUUUUCGUUAACAAUCUUCGCAGACCGGAGGCAGAAAGAGAGUCAAUACCACUAGACUGGCGCCUUCUCGGUUCUCCGUCACUCUAUUCGUUGACAUGCUUAGUUUUCCUCUACGAUACUGUAGGGGACCUAGUGGUCGAUAGCGGAGCUACAAAUUACAUUCUUCGACCACGGUCCGAACUUGAGGCAGUGAGACGAGUACUUGUAGGAAAAAGCCGACUCAGGAUACUGAAGCUGGAAAUUGCCUCAACCGAAUCAUGGAACCACCUUCCUGAUCAGGUGUUUGCUAUUCGUAGCGUUCAGUACUGGCAACAAGACAACCUUAAUCUGCCUCUUCAGGCGGAGGACCGGCUGCCGCCGCUUCGGGAGUUCAAUCUGCCAGGGAAAGCCCAGACCAAGCUUGGCUUCUACGAUUUCACUCCAGAACACUGUAAGGCUUUGGAAUAUUCCAUGGACUGGAGCCGCCUUAGAUGCCUUGAUCUAGGCAACCGUUGCCCUCCGCAUUUCUUCAAGCGGUUUUGCGGGCGACUGCCAAAUCUCCGAUCACUGUAUAUCGGUCUCCGAAAAGCGCCGUACAAUGGAUGCAUUGAUGGAUAUGAUGAUCCGGCUAUAGUCAUCGAUUUCAUAAACUCUAUAGAUCGCUUAGAGUCACUCUCGAUUAUCAAUGAGAGCAUGGACUGGAAUGUCUUGUUGCCGGCUAUAUCUAAGCAGGCGAAAUCAUUGCAAAGUCUCACAGCCCGCGCGCCAGUGGACCUGUCUAGAUAUCACAGUCCGGAAUGGAGGAAUUCGGAUCUCGAAAAAUUGGCGGGAGUCUGGAAGGGCCUGGAGCAGCUUGAGAUCGAUAUGAACGACGAAGUAUUUGAGCAGGUCAGUGCACAUUCCAGAAUAGAAGCCGCUGUAUACCCCAAUUAG